UAUACUACUUCUUCAAUGACGAAAGAAAAUUAUUUUAGUUAAUGUCAAGUGAUCCUAGAAUUGAGUAGUGGAUUGUUUUGAUAAUUCUAGGAGAAUGGGUACCACACUUAUUGCACUAGGCUUAGGCCUGGCUGUAAUGGGUUUUAGUGGACGUUAUAUGAUUAAAAAAAUGCCACACUUAACUCAAAAAAUGGCAGAAGCUUAUAAAAAUGCACCAAAAUUAAAUUCACAGAUGUUAGCCAAGAAUAGAUAUUAUAAAGGAGGUUUUGAACCUAAAAUGACUCGACGUGAAGCUAGUUUAAUAUUGGAUGUAUCUCCAACUGCAAGUAAAGUAAAAGUAAAACAGCAGUUUAAAAAAAUUAUGUCUGUAAAUCACCCAGAUCGAGGUGGAUCUCCAUAUAUUGCAGCAAAGAUUAAUGAAGCAAAAGAUUUACUAGAAAAAUAAUUUGUAUAUAGACAGCUAAAUAUGUAGAUGUAAAUAAUGUACACAAAAUUUAUUACAUCUAGACUGUAAAUCUAACUUCAAUAAGUAAAUCAUUUAUGUACAUAUUUAACAACAUAAUGAUCCUAUAUUUUAUUUAAUUUAUAAUAAAAUUGUUUAUAUAUUAA